AUGAGAGAACAUACGAAUACCCCAACGAACAGACAAACAGGUGAUCAAAGUCAUGAGCAAACGACCGGAAGAGGGAGCCAACGAACAGACGGACGGACGAAAAUAACUCAUUCUGUCGAUGGAUCUCCUGUCAACGAAAGAAAUAUGGAUAGACAAAACUCUGAAUCAACAGCUUCUUCAGGAAGACAGGAUAUCACAACCAAUACUAUAGUUUCAUUAAAUAGUAGGCAGACAAAACGCUGCAUGACUCAAAAUUAUUUACUUAUUUGGGUCGAUCAGAACAUCGAUGAAAACACUAAAGACUGCCGGGAUACGCUGGCACAAUUACGCGCAGUGGUAAGUGAAGUGAAUAUUUGCACAACACCCGAAAGAUGCGUCGAAUUCCUUAAUGAGAUGGAUGACAGAAGAGCUUUCGUUAUUUCCUCUGGUGCAUUAGGGAAAAGCCUCGUACAUGACAUUCACGGCAUGCCAGAAGUGGACGCCAUUUAUAUUUUUUGCGACAAUAAAGUGUGUCAUGAACCAUGGGCGAAAGAUUGGCCAAAGAUUCGAGGUGUAUUCACCUCAAUCAAGCCAAUAUGCGAAUCACUGAAAAAGGUCGCCCAUCAGUGCGCUCAUGAUUCAAUUCCGAUGAGCUUCGUUCCGAAGCAAGCGAUGACAGGAGGAGCAACAGGAUCGGACCAAGACAAUCUUGAUCAAUUACCGGCAUCAUACAUGUAUUCGGUGAUUUUCAAGGAUAUCAUCCUAGAAAUCGAUGAUGAUGACAAAAAAUCUGUGAACACCUUAGUGAGAUUUUGCCGAGAAAAGGGCAUUCCUGAACAAGAAAUAAAUGAAUUUAAGCGUAACUACCACCAGGAAUCAGCAGUCUGGUGGUAUACCAAAGAGAUUUUUCUCUAUGGUAUGCUUAAUCGUGGGUUAAGAUCGCUUGAUAUGGAAGCGAUGUCCAAAUUAGGAUUUUUCAUUCGAAAACUGCAUCUGGAACUGGAACAAUUGCAUAAGGAGCAAUCGGCAAGUUUCAAGAAAUCUUUUACAGUUUAUCGUGGUCAAGGGCUCAGUCAGCAAGACUUUCAAAAUCUAAUGGAUUCAAAAGGUGGGCUCCUUUCAUUUAACAAUUUCUUAUCGACUAGUAAGAGAUUAUUCGCAUAUGUCGUUUCUUCUUCUGCAUAUAUGAAUAUUUUGAAUUUGGUGAAGAUAAUAAAAACUGAUGUGACUAACAAAGUUAAAUUACUGAACUUUUCAAACUAUUUACUAUGCUAA